CGUGGCGCCCCCCCUCCAGCGCUUUCUCCCUUCCCGUCUCGCGUUCUUGCAACCUCUCGCGAGAUCUUCGCAUGCCUAUGUCAGCAGGGUUGAGCGGAAGUCUGCCCUUUUUACCCGUGGCGGACCUGAGAGGAGCUGUGUGGACAGGAUGAAGCUCAACAUCUCUUUCCCGGCCACUGGGUGCCAGAAACUCAUUGAAGUGGAUGAUGAGCGAAAACUGCGCACCUUCUAUGAGAAGCGGAUGGCCACUGAAGUUGCCGCUGAUUCUCUUGGUGAGGAAUGGAAGGGCUAUGUUGUCCGCAUCAGUGGUGGCAAUGACAAACAAGGCUUCCCCAUGAAACAAGGUGUCCUGACUCAUGGACGUGUGCGCCUACUGCUUAGCAAGGGCCACUCCUGCUACCGCCCGAGAAGAACUGGAGAACGAAAACGCAAGUCUGUCCGGGGCUGUAUUGUUGAUGCCAAUUUAAGUGUCCUGAAUUUGGUCAUUGUAAAGAAAGGUGAGAAGGAUAUUCCUGGGCUGACAGACACCACUGUGCCUCGUCGACUUGGUCCCAAGAGAGCAAGCAGAAUCCGCAAGCUAUUUAACCUCUCCAAAGAAGAUGAUGUUCGUCAGUAUGUAGUAAGAAAACCCCUGAACAAAGAGGGCAAGAAACCCAGAACCAAGGCUCCUAAGAUUCAACGAUUGGUGACUCCCCGAGUCCUGCAACAUAAGCGUAGACGUAUUGCUCUGAAGAAGCAGCGUACACAGAAGAACAAGGAGGAAGCAGCAGAAUAUGCCAAGCUUUUGGCCAAGAGAAUGAAGGAGGCAAAGGAAAAACGUCAGGAGCAGAUAGCAAAGAGGCGCAGACUUUCCUCAUUGAGAGCUUCCACAUCUAAAUCUGAGUCAAGUCAGAAGUAAAGAUGUGUACACGAUAUUAAAAUAAAAUCUUUUGAACUGAA